CUUGUUUCGUGUUUGUGACAAUGUCUCAAUACACAGAUUUCAAGCCCAUUCUUGACCAGAGCGUUGGAUACGGUGUGGUUAUCGGAGUCGGGUUUUUCUUUGCCCUCGUUAUGUUAUGUUUGACCGCGGUGCAAUCUAACUUCUCUCGAUAUACUCCAAGUUCAUCUGAAGAGUUCACGAGUGCUUCCCGUAGCGUCAAACCCGGGUUAGUGUGCUGCGGGAUUGUUAGCGCCUGGACAUGGAGCGCGACUCUCCUUCAGUCUAGCACUGCAGCUUAUACAUUUGGUGUCAGCGGCCCUUGGUGGUACGGUGCGGGCGGUUCUAUUCAAGUGGCGAUGUUUGGAAUGGUGGCUGCCAAAGUCAAGAUGAACGCAAACGGCGCUCAUACAUUCUUGGAGAUUGUCAAAGUUCGCUUCGGUACCGCAGCCCAUAUCGUGUUUACGAUAUAUGCGUUCAUCUGCGUUCUUGUUGUAUGCGGAUCUCUCUUAGUGGGAGGCGCCGCUACCGUGAAUGCCCUCACCGGCAUGAACAUACUUGCUGCGUAUUUUCUGUUGCCGAUCGGCAUCGCGGUCUAUGUCGUAUUCGGUGGAUUGCGUGCCACCUUUAUCUGUGAUUGGACCCAUACCAUCAUUCUAUUCGCCAUCAUUUACACCUUCGUCUUCCGUGCAUACGGGACAUCACCGGAGAUUGGUAGCUUAAGUCGAAUGUAUGAGUUGCUCACACAAGCUGCAAUUGAUGUGCCUGUCCCCGGUAACGCAAAUGGAAGUUAUAUGACCAUGAAGUCGAAUCAGGGUCUUGUCUUCGGAGCGUCAGCAUUGCUUUCGGGAUUUGCCGGCGUAUUUUGUGAUCAGGGAUACUGGCAAAGGGCAAUUGCAAGUCACCCUAAAGGAACAACUAAAGCUUAUAUGCUUGGUGGUCUCUCUUGGUUUGCCGUUCCUUGGGCUUUCGGAUCUUGCCUCGGUCUGAGUGCCCGAGCGCUUCAAAGCAGUCCUUUGUUCCCGACAUACCCGUCCCCUUUGUCACCGCAACAAACAAGUGCAGGACUUGCCGCACCGGCUGCGGCUGCGGUGCUGAUGGGAAAGGGCGGAGCUGUGGCGCUGUUGCUAGUGGUUUUCAUGGCCGUAACAUCUGCUGCUAGCGCUGAGCUCAUCGCAGUAUCGAGUAUUGUGUCGUAUGAUAUCUAUCGUACCUAUUGGCAUCCACAGGCGACGGGUGCAGAGAUUGUUCGUGUUUCACACUACGUAAUUUGUGCAUGGGCGAUAUGGAUGGGGUGCUGGGCGACCAUACUCUAUCAAGCGAACAUCGACCUGGGUUGGUUGUACUAUGUUCAGGGAAUAGUGCUUAGUCCCGCAGUCAUCCCUAUCAUCCUCACGGUAUGGUGGUCUAAGCUCACGCGCACCGGGCUUUUGUGCGGCUCCAUUAUCGGGGCUAUCCUCGGAAUGCUUGCAUGGAUGAUCGGCUGCUGGAAGAUCAACGGCGCCAUCACCAUAGCUAACCUCGCAUUGCCGAUAUCCGCUGUAUGCAGUGGUCUUACUGGUUUUAUGUUCUCGGGGCUCAUUACUGUCUUCGUGUCUCUGUUGAAACCUGAUAAUUAUGAUUUCGAAGGGACUCGGGCUAUUGCAAUGCUGGACAAUUCGGAAAAUAACGACCCCAAUUCAGAUGUGGCAUCUGCCGAGAAGCGCGAAAAAGUGCCGUCAGAUUUCGAGCUAGGGCCUACGGAUCCAGUUGCCCAAGAGGACCCCCUCUGUCAUGACACCCUGCAGAGGGUGUUCAGGCGAGCGGCAUGGUAUUCAUCAGCAAUGUCUGUCAUCGUCAUUCUUAUUGUCCCGUUGACCAUGUUUUUCACGAACUACGUGUUCAGCGAGCGGUUUUACACAUUUUGGGUGACAUGCUCCAUCGUGUGGGUUUUCAUGAGCGGGACGUUCAGCGUUAUUCUUCCCUUGCUGGAGUCGCGGAAGGAGAUGGUUGCGAUCUUGAAGAGACUCGGAAGGUUUGUGUCUACGAAAUUGUACAUAAAAUCGUGAUCAAAUUCGCGGGUAAUCG